ACUACACCAAUAGUAACAAUAAUAUGGCCGACAAUAGGAUCGCGACCGACGACUACAGCGCCGGCGGUCCGACACAGACUACUCGACUACAAGUCCCGCCACAACAACAACAACAGCCCAUCCCUGGAAUGUUCGGCUCAUCGCUAGCCUUCCUCUGGACUCAUGUCAACAAAGAGUUGUUUAUAUCAAAGAUAUUUUACUUCUUCUUCUUCUCGGCCUUUGGCUCUCUCUUCCCAUUAAUGGCCGUAUAUUUCAAACAAUUGGGAAUGAAUGCCAUUCAAGCGGGCACACUUAUUGGCAUCAGACCAUUCGUGGAGUUCUUGGCGGCCCCUUUCUGGUCAUCGAUCGCCGACCGAUUCCACAAAAGCAAACUAUUCCUCCUGUUUUCGCUCGUCUGUUGGAUUGUAUUCACGUUUUCGUUGGCAUUCAUACGCCCGCCGGCGUCCGCCUGCGUUAUAUUCAACGAAACCCAUCACAUAUUGUUUACCCCGUACUCCGACUAUAACGGCGCCGGCGCCGGCGCCGACCCUAACGCCGAGCCCGAGACCGACAUUAGCGAGAAUACUAAUAUUGAUAGUAAACUGAGCUUGAUCCGCAAACGUCGCGGCACUGACGAAGAGGACCGGCGGGAAGAGGAGGACGAGUGGAUUCGGAAGUGGGGGUCUAAACACAAACCCCCGCCCACUCAUAUAGUGGGAAAAUCGCCGCUCACUGUCGAGUACACCCUUAACUAUAACCAGGAAAAGCACGUGUCGUACGUUUCGCCCCCCUUUUCAACGGUGGUCUAUAAGCUGGACGACGUGAAGGAGGUUUUCUUCCUACUAUUACUGCUCAUACUGUUGGGCGAGUUCUUCAGCGCACCCGCCAUCACGCUGGCCGACUGCGCCACACUUAACUACCUGGGCGAGAACACGGACAAUUACGGUAAACAGCGAAUGUACGGCUCAUUCGGUUGGGGUAUAACCAUGUUCUUCGUGGGCAUGGCGCUGGACAACUCGACCAAGUUCACCGACCACCCGUGCGGCGCCCAUAUCGGCGAACGCAACUAUGUCACCUGUUUCACCAUAUUCGCUUUUUUGAUGGCCUGCGCACUCGUGGCCGCCACACAAUUCCGGUUCGACUUCGAGCCCUCGGGGCCGUUGACUGGCGAUGACAUCCAAAUGAAACCGUAUGACUACGAGGCCUCUCAGGCCCGGCCCUGGCUUAACACCGCUCCGCCUAUUAAUAAGCCCCCGGAGCUGAUGGCAGCCGAUAAGAAGUUUGAGUUUAUCGACAACUGGAAGAGCGCGGUAUUCGCCCAGCGGACUCGCGAACUGCCUCAAUGGGUGACGGUAAUUCGCUCACUGGCCACCGUACGUCAGGCUGCGUUUUUGUUUGUCACGUGGUUCAUGGGCUUUGGCAUAGGGCUGGUGUUCACCUUCCUGUUCUGGCACCUGCAGGACUUGGGCGGAACGCCUACGCUAUUUGGUAUGGCGUCGGUUAUCAACCAUAUAUCAGAGAUCGGCGCCUAUUUUUACAGUUAUCCCAUCAUUAAAAGAUACGGACACACAAAAGUGCUAUGCAUAGGACUGGUCGGUAACGUGGCCAGAUUCUUGUACAUAUCAUGGCUACAGAAUCCCUGGUGGGUCCUACCAUUUGAAGCGAUACAAGGAAUUACACACGCGACGGUGUGGGCCGCGGCGUGCAGUUACAUAACCCAACACACGGAGCCACAGCUCAGGUCCAGCACUCAGGGGGUGCUCCAGGGGCUACAUCACGGACUGGGCCGGGGCUGCGGGUCCAUCAUUGGCGGCAUGUUUGUCAACCGUUGGGGGACCCAGAUCACUUUUAGACUAUACGGUGUGCUGAGUGUGGUAGUAUUGGGUGCGUUCGUACACCUGAAUUACUAUAAGCCCAAAGAGGGCUACAAGUUUUACGAGGAGGACGAUAGGGAGAACGUGGUGGUCGACAACUCUAGCGCACUGGCACCGCAUGGCGUGCCCACCAACCCUAUUGCCAGGUCACAUUCCCGGUCAAAUGUUCAUGGGCAACAGCAGCAGCAGAGUCCAACUGGUGACCAGGCUGACCCUAAUAAUAUGAAUAAUAACCCUAAUAAUCCGUUUAAAACUGAUGAACCCUAUUUGGACCCGAACCAUGCCUGGAAUCAGACGUAUCAAAACAGCGUAAAACUCGGAAACCAAUACAAUCUGAUCUCACCGGAAGGUAACUGGGAUUUGUCGGCCAUUAAACGGCACUUUAAGAUGUUAAAUGAGAUGCCCGUCUAUAAUAAUUACAACGAAUAUCGAGCCGUAAACGAUAUCAUUAAAAAUAUUAAGACCGAAACAUAUCAGCCAAUCAUUGAAUGCGAUUCAUCUUACGAUUGGUGAGAGAGGCCGAGGGAUACCGACGGGUUGUAAAGGUCUGUCCACUAUUAGGGAUAUAUUGCAAUAAUUGUGCAUAAAAUUGAUCAUUAAAUUAACGAUAUAGUCGUCUGUAGUGUAAACUCCGACAGAAUUUGAAAUAAUAAAACCGCAGAAUAUUCUUAAAGAAUAUUCUGUGAUAUUAGUUAUUAAAU